AUGUGGUCGCAUCUCGGGAAGUUCGGAAUCUUCGCUGGCGGCUGCGUCACAGGAGCUGCGGCUGCCACGGCUGCGCGGGCCUAUGAGCGGCGUCAGGCAGUGCGGUCGGGGGAGUACUACGAAUGCUCAGGUGAUUUUUACCAAGUUCUGGGUCAUGCUUGGGAUCACUUCCGACGAGAUUUCUGUGUCGUCUACCGUCCGCUCUACCACUGCGAGGCGAAGGAGGGUAGCUUCGAAGCUCACGUUUUGGCGACGUCGCACUUCGAGCGCUUUGAUGACAAAUUCCGGCCAGUAGAGUUUGACGCGAUGAGCACGGAUGCGAGGAGCUUGGCGCUUCCAGGGCCCUUCUGGCACGACAAGUUCUGGGGCCUCCGUCCACACGUGGUGCCUGCGGAGGGCGGUACUGCUGCCGUGAUGCUCCA